AGUAAAGCAGCUCUGCAGCCAUGCGACUUCAUCAGGAAGGGGAUAUUUGUAUGUUUCCUACGUAUGUUUCCUAUUGUUGAGUUUGUCGGAGAAACGCAGCGAAAGCUUUAAAAAGCAUGAAGCGUAGUUAGGGGCUGUUGCUCAUGUUCCUUCGGUGUUUCACUGCUUGUGGGAAUGAAGCGGAGAAGUCUGCCCGCGAAGGACCUAAAGCUUCAACUCAAGCGUGUAGAUUCCUGCUUUCACUACAAUGAACUUCACUGGAAAGACAGGAAAAUCCUGGAUUGAGGAGACCUUCCUUAGAAGGGAGUGUGUGAAGUUCAUUCCUUCCUCUUGGGAUCAACACAGAUGCAUUCCAGUUUGUCAAGUGUGCCAAAGCCUGAUCAGAUGUUGCUGUGGCCGUUUGAUGGGGGAACACUCUUGGCAGGAGUCUUUUCCUCCGACAUCCCUCUAUGCCAGUCCCGGACAGGGCCCGGAGGAGGAGUGGUCCAUGGAGGCUCACACAAGGGCCAGUCCCACCAACGCCUUUGGGAUCGUAGACUUUCAAGACACUGCCACGCGUGUCUGUCGGGCAAAGUUUGUCCGCGUGGCCGUGGACUCCAAGCCGGAGGCGCUGCUCCAGCUGAUGCUGAGGGAAUGGCAGAUGGAGAGACCGAAGCUACUGCUGACUGUCCACGGAGGGUCCGAAAAUUUUAUCCUGCCUCCAAAAGUGAAGCAGGCCUUCGGCAAGGGGCUCAUCACGGCUGCCAUAAGCACAGGAGCGUGGAUACUGACCGAUGGGAUUAAUACAGGUGUGUCUAAGUACGUGGGCGAGGCAGUGAAGUUAUUUGGAGGCCACGACCUGAGGAAGAGAAACACAGUUGGCAUCACACCGUGGGGGAUGAUCGACAACAACCUGGACCUCAUAGGCAGAGAUGUAUUCAGACCCUACCAGCCACUGGGAAACCCUUUAAGCAAGAGGGCCUGUCUUAAUGGUUUCCAUUCCCACUUUCUGUUUGUGGAUGAUGGGACGUCGGGAAAAGCUGGUUGCCAGCAGGGCCUCAGGAGGAAGCUGGAGAAACACAUCCAGCUACUGAAGAUCCAUCCCCGACUGAACCAGGGAGUACCUGCGCUGUGUGUGGUGGUGGAAGGAGGCCCGGCCAUUGUGUCAACUGUGCUGGAUUAUGUUAGCAAUGUGCCUCCGGUGCCGGUGCUCGUAUUUGAGGGGUCGGGCAAGGCUGCGGACCUCCUUGCCUUCUUGCACAAGCAGACUGCUAAUGAUAGGCAGUUGGAUGCCGAUAUUAAGGAGGACUUUCUGGGUAGGAUUGCAGACGUGUUUGGGGUUGAGAGGACCGAGGCUGCUCACCUUUACACUCUUCUCCAGCAGUGCAUGGACCACAGACAGUCUAUCACCGUCUUCGACUCUGAGUCAGACGAGCAGAUGGCAACUGAUGCAGCCAUUUUGACUUCUGUCCUUAAGGGAACCAAAGCCAGUCCAUCAGAGCAGCUGAGUAUGGCUCUGGCUUGGGACCGGGCCGAUAUUGCACAGAAAGACAUCCUGGUGUAUGGUCAGCACUGGCAGGUGGGUUCGUUGGAACAAGCAAUGCUGGAUUCUCUGGUGAUGGACCGUGUCAGUUUUGUGAAAUUGCUGAUUGACAACGGCAUGACAAUGAGCCGCUUCCUCACCGUGGAUCGCCUUGAGGAGCUCUACAACUCGCCGCAGGGUCAGACGCGGCGCUUCUUGCAGCACCUCGUCGAAGAUGCAAAACAGACCUCUCUUCCUGUAGGUUACCGUCUGUCUCUCAUUGACAUGGGGCUGGUGAUAGAGUACCUCAUCGGAGGAGCAUAUCUAAGCACCUACACUCGGAAAAACUUCAGAGCCGCCUACAGCCGCAUGCAGGGCAAAGACAGCAGGCGUGACAGCUCUAGUUCCUUUGGUAAACAAAGGCGAGGAAUGAGCUUGAAGAAGAGCAGAAGUCUCCAAGAUCUGCAUUUCUUCAGAACAGCUCAACCCUACAAAAGCAAAGAUCAAACUGUGUCGACUGGGAGCAGUCACCGGGGGGCGUUUAGUCCAGACCUUGGCGGGACCCUGCUGCCCUGUCCUUUCAAUUUCAACGACCUGUUUGUGUGGGCUGUCCUCCAGCAGCGCCAGCAGAUGGCGCUGUUCUUGUGGCAGCAUGGGGAGGAAGCCUUGGCAAGGGCUACUGUGGGCUGUAAGCUUUAUCGCUCGAUGGCCUUCGUGGUACGGCAGAGCAACAUGGACGACGUUAUCGCAGAGCGAUUCAUGGCAUAUUCACUUGAGUUUGGUCAGCUGGCAGUGGACGUGUUAGACUGUGCAUUUCAGCAGAACGAGCAAAUGGCCAUGAAACUCCUAACCUCUGAGAUGGAGGCAUGGAGUCACUUCACCUGCCUGCAGCUGGCGGUCUCCUCGUGUCACAGACCUUUUGUGUCUCACUCCUGCACUCAGACCCUGCUCACAGAUCUGUGGACCGGCCCACUCAACAUGAGAAAAAACUCAUUUUUGAAGAUCAUUUUGAGCCUUCUUCUACCUCCUGCCAUCUUGCUUCUGGAGUUCAAAAGCGAAGCCGAAAUGUGCCACGUACCACAGAGCCAUGAGACGAUGCUGUUUGGGCUCGAGCCUGUGAAAUCGCCGCCAGUCCCCGGGAGAUCGGGCCAGAUGGACAGUGUGGACACGGAGCGAGGCCUCCACUUCCACGAUAAACCUCUCGGUUCUGUUUCAAGAACCGCCUCACCUGUAUUGGCGCAGUGUUUGUCCUGGAUCACGAAGCUGUACGAGUUUUACACCGCUCCUGUUGUUAAGUUCUGGUUUCACACAAUGUUCUACUUGGGCUUUCUAAUGCUGUUCUCCUACGUCAUCCUGGUGAAGAUGGAGGAUCAGCCAAGUGUUCUGGAGUGGUUCGUCAUUAUUUACAUGAUAUCCACUGCGGUGGAGAAAACCAGAGAAGUAUUGAUGUCUGAACCAAGGAAGCUAAGGCAGAAGCUGAAGAUUUGGUUCUCAGAGUACUGGAACAUAUCUGACUUUGUUGGCAUCCUCCUGUUCCUGGUUGGGCUUUCGAUGCGUUGGCAUGCUGAUCCCUACCGGACUGCAGGACGCGUGGCUUACUGUCUGGACAUCAUCUUCUGGUUUGUCAGAGUUUUGGAUCUUCUGGCUGUCAAUAAGCAUGCCGGCCCCUACCUCACCAUGAUCACCAAGAUGACCAGUAACAUGUCAUUCAUUGUGGUGAUGAUGGCCAUUGUGCUGCUGAGCUUUGGGGUGUCCAGGAAGGCCAUCUUGUCGCCAGAUCAGGAGCCAUCGUGGAGUCUAGCUCGAGAUAUAGUCUUUCAGCCCUACUGGAUGAUCUUUGGAGAAGUGUAUGCUGGAGAACUUGAUCCAUGUGCUGCCGAUGGUUCCUGUCCUCCUGCUUCUUUCCUGCCGCCGCUUCUCCAGGCCGUCUACAUGUUCUUCCAGUACAUCAUCAUGGUCAACAUUCUCAUUGCAUUUUUCAACAACAUCUAUUUUGAUAUGGCCUCAAUAUCCAACAAACUGUGGAAGUACAACCGUUAUCGCUACAUAAGGACGUAUCAGGAAAGGCCGUGGCUUCCCCCGCCCUUCAUCCUCUUCAGUCACGUGGCUCUUGCUGUGAGAUGCAUCUACAGGAGAUUUAGAGGAGAUGCUGAGCGGGAAGAGAGGCGGCCUGGGCUAAAACUCUAUCUGGGCCUUGAGGAUAGAAAGAAGCUGUAUGAGUUUGAGGAGAAAUGCGUUGAAGUCUACUUUCAUGAGAAGAACGAAGAUGUCCACAGCACUCAGCUAAACCGAGUCAGAGCCACAGCUGAGAGAGCUGUUGAGAUGAGUGGCAUGGUGGGGGAGGUCUCGGAGAAGGUCAACUUCAUCCAGGACAGCCUGUCAGGGUUGGACGGUCAGCUUGGGCAGCUUCAGGACCUCUCUGCGCUGGCUGUGGACACCCUCACCCUGCUCUCUGCCUCCGACAGCCUUCAGCAGGAAGAAGCCCGCUUGGCUCUGUGUCGCCGCGUCCCAGCGGCGUACCGCCAUGUCUUUCCUCACAGCUGGACCCUCGCUCACAGGGGAGAAGGAAGCUGUGAUGCUUCUGAUGCACGGCGCCAGAUGAUCAAAGCCUGUAAAAGCACCCCGCCCUCUUUGCUGAAGUGCUUUGCUCUGGAGGCGAGUCGACGAGCAUCGCAGGAUCGCCACGGCGGGGUGAGGCAAGGCAGAGAAGGAAAAAAGGGACACGCUGAGGCGAGAGCGGAAUCAGCAAAAGAGGCAGCUACAGCCCAGGCCGGUGCUUCUGUUGAAGAUCCCAGUGAGAAGUUGUUCAGAGGCUCUAGACUUGGAUCACGUGCGUCCUCCUCUCCGUUUAAUCUCAGUGGUGUUAGAAAUAAGACACCUUCUGAGUCCCCUGAAUCGUCCCGCUGUGGGUCUCCCAUCCCUUCCAAACACAUCGGGAUGCCACACAACAGAGCUUGGACACAUGACCCAUCCUUGUAUCCCAGUCAGGAGGAAGUUUCGGUGGAGGAAGCAGAAGAGGACGCUGAAAGGGAAGAGAAAGAAGAAGAUAUAAGACAGGAAGAUGUGCCUCACGCGGAGGAUGAAAGUCAACCAAGUUUUCCCUCCAGACAUUCCAGCCAUUGGAGGAGACCCCCGUUAUCCCCCAGGUGGGAGUGUAUGCCCAGAGACCGUCCGUAUGGGUACUGCAGGUCUCUUUCAUCCAGCAUGGAGAACAUGACCUUCUAUGGUGCACCCCUCAGUCCAACGAGGGGAUCAUUUCCAUCUCUUAAAGAAACCCUAAACAAGGAGUGCAUGUUUGGCAGAAGAGGCUUCAGAGAUGAUACGUCUUUACGGUGCAGCAAGAGCCAAGAAUGGGCAAAGACCCCAGACUUCUCUCAAGACUCGGACAGCAGAGGCAAAAUCCACAGCAGGAAGACAGUAAAGAUAAAAGAGGGCACUCCAGAUCCAGAGACCUUGGAGUCCCACUUGUCUGACACCCUGUGGAGAAGACGCCAAAGGUGUAAAGGAGAACCGACAUGCUGGUCAGCUUCAACCAGCCUGACUCAGCUCAAUUUUGAUCCCACUGAUUUAAUGCAGAAGCAGGUGUUUUCCCAUCAGGAGAUGUGGAGUCCCACUCACUCAGCGUGGAGCAGCUGGGCCAGAUCGAUGAGCCGCAGGUCUUCUUUGCAGAGCGGAUUUACUCCGGAAGCCAAGAGCUCCUCCUUCCAGUCCAGCGACAAUCUGUACCCACACUUUUCAGCCAUGGAGAGAAACAAUCUGAUGAGGCUGGCUCACAGCAUCCCCUUUACUCCUGUUUCAGUUUUGGGAGGGGAAGAAGUGAGCGUCUUCUCUCUGGAAGAGGAACGCUCUGGAGCGGAGUUCAGCUCCGUCUCCUCCUGGAGCUCCCGAGGCCUGUCUGCGAUGCUGAAGCCGCUCUCUAGUGAGGAGGGUUCCCUGGACGGGGGUCUCCGGCAGGGCAGCAGAAUGCUGUGUACCUGGGCAGAACAGGAUGUGCUCAAGCCCGGUCACAUAUACGUAGUCAAAGCCUUUAAGCCGGAGGUGAUUCGUUCUUGCCAGAGGUACUUCCACGGGAGCACCCCACUGCAGCUCUGUUUAAGGGAGAUCCAGCAACAGAGAGCAGCCCAGAAGAUGAUGCAAGUGUUUAACCAGAUCAAACCGGAAGAUAUGCAUCACUCACCGAGAUUUCUAGAUGUUUCCCUGGUUCUCUGGCAUGCUAAUGGCCAGUGGUUGACUAUUGAGAGAAAUCUGAUAGGGAACUUCAGGAAAUACAAUAACAACACAGGGGAAGAGAUCGCCCCCUGCUGUUCAUUGGAGGACAUGCUGUUGGCAUUUUCUCACUGGACCUAUGAGUACUCGCGCAGAGAAAUGCUGGUGCUUGACAUACAAGGAGUGGGAGAGGAACUGACUGAUCCAACAGUCAUCAUGGUAGAUGACCAAAGCUGUAGCAGGGGGGAGAUGCUCUUUGGUCCCGAUAACCUUGGAGACGUUGCCAUCAACGGCUUCCUGCAGAAACACUCCUGCAACUUCUGCUGCAGCAGACUGGGUCUAAAAGAUUUAAGGAGGCACCCGGGCAGCAGCGAGGCAGAGCCGAUGCCGGGGAAGGAAGAAGGAGACGGUGAUGAAAACGAGAUGUAACGUUUGACCAAGGAAGAAUGGAGGGGAGGGGGGGGGGCACACGUGCACUUAUUAUAACAAAGACAUUUAUCUGAAACCAUAUCAGCCCUUAUUUGUUUACAAUGUAAACUGCCUGAUAACAGGGAGUGUGAGCUAUCUCUGUUAUCAGAGGGUUUUUGACUGGAUUAUUGGAAUUUUUUUUUUAUUUGAACUAAAAAUUGCACAUAUUUUCACCAGAAUAUAAAGCAAAUAAAAAGAAAACUAAAUAGGUUAAUGAGAUAUUUUGUAAAUUUUUUAAACGAAGGAAUAACUGAAUUAUUGCAAACUUGCACACUUUGAAUGGCUGUAUUUUGAAUAAAAGAAAAACAACAACUCUAACUUGUAUACGUUUGAAAAAUAAUAAAAGAAAGGCAGAAAUGCACCCAUAAAAUUUCUUUUAUUUAUUUUUUUCUUCCCACAACAAAAUGUCUACAAAAGCGAUAAAAUAUAGAAUUUAACAAAAAAAA